AUGAUUCCUUUUGUGGACUACGUGGAAGGUAGUAUACAAUCAAUGCAAGGAGACAUUACAAAUCUCAAAAAGAACCAGCAAGACAUAAGCAGCAGUAGUGAAAAACUGAAGCAACAUGUGGACAACGGCCUUUUGGCAAAUGCGGCAAAAAUUGACCAGUUACUGAAGGAAGUUAAGGAAAUUAAGGAACAGCGUACAGAUUUACACGUUGAGCAAAAUCUGCAUCAUACAACUGAGCAUGUUACUACUGGUAAUGAUGAGAAUGAAGAGUUAGAAGACCAGCAAGACAUAAAUGUCUUGGAUCCAGAUUUCUUUGCGCAUGGUAUACGCAUAACACCUUAUACCGGUGGAGGUGACAUUACGUCCUCAACGUGGCUUAGAAAAUUUGAGGAUUACGUGGAUGCACAAAGCAGACCGUGGACUGAUAAACAAAAAGCUCAGAAAUUAAAAUUUUUCUUAGAUGGGCUCCCUCGUGAAGAGUAUGAGAGUCUCAUAGAUGAUGAAAAAGAUAGCUUUAGUAAAACAGUUGAAAAACUUAAAGAAAUAUUUGAGUCACCAAAAAUGAGAAACUUGGGGCGCAGAAAUUGA